AUGAAUGGGAAGAUGUAUUUCCCGCGGCUGCAGGGGACAGCGCGAGCCGCCGCGUGUUUCUUCUGCGCGCUCGCUGUGCAGGCUGUGGUGACCGUGGCCGUGACAGGUGCGGCAUCGGAGCGGGUCUCGCACCGUCCUGCCUCGUCACACUUACUGAGAUCAGAGCUGUCGGAAGAUGCCCUUCUGGUGGCCAACAACGGAAUACGAGUGCCAUUGGGAAGAUCCGUGUUUAUUGAUCCCAUCAAUGACUUGGUGGUCCAGGUUGAGCCCGGGGACAGAUGCACCAUCACCGUCCUGGGUCAUGAUCCACUGUCACAGAGGCCUGGACAGCUGUCACCGAAAAAGUUUCCCUGUGAGUUCGGCCCCAAUGAUGUGAAAUACUCACACUUUGGGUCAAGGAGCCCUUCAAAGGACAGGGUGAGGUUACAGCUCAGGUAUGACACUCAAACUGACACCUUGAUUAUCCCUUUCAUGAUGGAGGUUGAGGUGAUUUUUACCCAGCUUGAAGUGCUAACAAGGAACAUGCAUCUCACUGUUGAAAAACUGCUCGGCACCAGUAAUCUCAUAGAUAAGAACAUUUUGGAAUUUACUUUCGAUAGAAAAACGCAGCAGUGCAGGGUCACGUCUCUCACGGCUAGCAGUGUGUUACCGCGGUAUGGGAAACUUACAGGUGAAGACAAACUAGGAAAAGCCGUGGAUUGCGAUGAAUUUGUCGAGCUUGACAUAUGCUACCAGCACACGUUUACAGAAAGGUCUCCAAACAGAGAUUAUAUACCUAUGGUUGUUGAGUUACAGGACAGGGAGGGUAACCAGCUCAAGGAGGAGUUUUUCCAAAUUAUGGUGCGGAUUAAAGAGGGGGAAGACAACACUGUCCCCAAACCCAGCUUUGUGGCAAUGAUGAUGAUGGAGGUGGAUCAGUUUGUCAUGACAGCUAUAACCCGUGACAUGUUGGCUGCAGAAGACAUGGAAUCUAAUCCAGAUGAUUUAAUAUUCAAUAUCACGUCUCCUCUCUCCUUUGAUGAAGGGUACAUUGUCAGCACAGAUGAUAGGAACUUGCCGAUCACCUCUUUUUAUCAAAGAGACCUCAAAGAUUUAAAAAUUGCUUACAAGCCUCCCUCUGUUGAUUCUGACGCCGAACGGAUUUUCCAGAUUGAGUUUGAGGUGGUGGACACUGAGGGUGCUGUCUCAGACCCCUUUGCCUUUAUGAUUGUGGUGAAGCCAAUGAACACACUAGCCCCAGUGGUAACAAGGAACACUGGCCAGCUUUUGUAUGAAGGGCAGUCCAGGCCUCUGUCUAGCUCGCGCAAUUUAGAAAUCAGUGAUGAGGACAAUUUAUCUCAUGUCAUGAUCACAGUUGUUGAUGGACUGCAUCAUGGUGAACUCACAGUUCUGGGAUCCAGGAGGAAAUUCUUCACUCCAAUGGAUCUUGAUGCUGGAGUUGUCAUCUACCAGCACGAUGGCAGUGAUACGUACAGUGACAACAUCAUUUUCAGGAUGACGGAUGGCAAAAAUGAAGUUGAAUUUCUCUUUCCCAUUACAGUGGUGCCAACUGAUGAUGAGCCGCCGACUCUGAAUGCUAACACUGGCCUGGUGCUGUUCAAGAAUCAAAUGAUUCCCAUUUCCCCUCUAAUGCUUAGCGCUGUGGAUGUUGAUUCUGAGGACUCCACCAUCAGGUUUACAGUUCUGCCUCCUUUUUCCAAAAUUGGGGAGCUAGUACUCCGGCAAGCUGAUGCUCCAGAGGAUCCCUCUACGUGGAAGUUCAGCGCAAAUGAUGAAAUAUAUGAGAAAGUGGUGACAAAGUGGCUUCAGCAGGACAUCAUGGAUGGGAGGCUGUUUUAUAGACACACAGGCCCCCAUAGCCCUGGAACGCUCACAGAUCAGUUUGUGUUCCGGGUUCAGGAUGACAAUGACCCUCCCAACAAAUCAGGUGAAAGCACGUUUAUCAUUAGGGUUCUACCCAUUGAUGACAUCCCACCUGAGCUCUUUCCUGGCUCCACUCUGCAUAUGAAUGUCCAUGAGUACCAGCUAACCCAUUUCCGCAAAAAGUACCUGCGGUACACUGACCUGGAUUCAGAGGACCGGGAUUUGAAAUACACUGUCACUCAGGGGCCCACUGAUACAGAUGAGAACAACCCGCUUGCAUUUGGGUCUAUAGUUUUGUCUGAGAGUCCAGAUACUCAGGUGACUGAAUUUACUCAAGCACAAAUUAACCACCAUAAAAUAGCCUACAGACCACCUGACCUGGAGUUGGGAAUUACAGCACAUGUGGUGCACUUUAAGUAUACCGUCGAAGACAUGGCGGGAAAUAGUGUUGAAGGAGUGUUUUCUAUAUUUCUUCAGCCUGUGGACAACAAGCCCCCUCAGAUAACAAACACUGGGUUCAGUGUCUUUGAAAGGGGCACACACAUCAUCACAAAUACAGAGUUGGACACCACAGACAUCGACACUAAGAGACACCAGAUAUCAUUCACAUUAACUCGGCCUCCGUUUCAUGGGCAGAUGUAUUAUGAGCUAACGGAAAUGAGUGAAGGUCAAGUCUUCAAACUGGCGGACAUUUCCGGUGGUAAAAUCAUCUAUGUCCACAAUGGUGAUGAAUCAGUCACUGACACUUUUCUGUUGGAUGUUAGUGAUGGUGUUCAUGUCGUUACAAUCACUGUGAAAAUAGCUGUAAAACCCAUAGAUGAUGAAAUACCAGAAAUCAGUCUUCCAGUAGGAACAAUAGGUUCCCACUUGGAUGUCUUGGAGAAUGGAGCUACGGAAAUCACAUCCAGUGUAAUCCAGGGAAGGGAUAAGGAUACCGAUGACCUCAGGCUGACAUUCAUCGUAGAAGAUGCCCCACUUUUUGGGGACAUUUUAGUUAAUGGAAUAUCUUCUGAUAGAUUUACCCAAGCUGACAUCAUAAAUGGUGUAGUAAUUUAUGCUCACACAAGUGGAGAAAUAGGUCUCACAACAAAAGAAGACUCUUUUAACCUGACUCUCACUGACAUGUCAGAUGAUUGGAUUGUGGGGGGUAACAAAGUUAAUGGGAUCCGUGUGCACGUCACCAUUCUUCCAAUUGAUAACCAAGCACCAAAAAUUGUGGUUGGCCAGCAGUUCAGUGUGGUGGAGGGGGAGAAGAACGUCGUAGAGAUCCACCAUAUCAGUGCAGAAGAUGUUGACACCCUGAUUGAUGACCUUCUCUGUACCAUCAUUAUCCAACCCACCUCUGGGUACUUGGAGAACAUCUCACCAGCCCCUGGCUCAGAAAAGUCAAGGUCCAGGAUCGCAAUAAGUGCUUUCACAAUAAAGGACAUCCGUGAAGGUCAUAUUUAUUAUGUACAGAGCAUUCACAAGGGUAUUGAGCCUGUGGAGGACAGACUCACCUUCAGGUGCUCAGAUGGAAUUAACUUCUCAGAUCGACAUUUUUUCCCCAUUGUCAUAAUUCCAUCCAAUGAUGAAAAGCCUGAGAUCUAUGUCAGGGAAUUUGUAGUAAUGGAAGGCAUGAACAUUGUGAUUGACACACCCAUUUUGAAUGCUGCCGAUGCUGAUAUCCCUGCCAAUCAGCUAACAUUCAUCAUCACUAAACCUCCUAAACAUGGGUCCAUCGUCAAUCAGUUCACCACUGGUACUAGUCUUGUGACUAACUUCACCUUGCCUCAGAUUAAAGAUGCUUCUGCCAUUAUUUAUGAGCACGAUGACUCCGAGACCACAGAAGACAGCUUCAGUGUCAUCCUGACCGAUGAGAGAUUCACAGUGAAGAAAAUGAUCAUUAUAAUAAUUAUUCCAGUUGAUGAUGAAACACCAAGGAUGGCAGUCAACAAUGGAUUAGAGCUUGAAAUAGGGGAAAUAAAAGUGAUUAAUAAUAAAGUAUUGAAGGCCACUGAUCUGGACUCUGAGGACAGUACAUUGACCUACAUAAUUCGCCAUGGCCCCGGCCAGGGGUUCUUGCAGAGGAGAACUCCUUCACAGUUAUUGGAAAACAUCACUGUUGGCAUGAACUUCACUCAGAGCGAAGUGGACCAGAAUCUUAUCUUUUAUGUUCACAAUGGACAAGGGAGCGUUCGUGACCUCAUUAAGUUUGAUGUAACGGAUGGCAUUAACCCUCUCAUUGACAGGUAUUUUUAUGUCACCGUGAGAAGCAUUGACAUGGUAUUCCCCGAUGUCAUUAGCAAAGGUGUCUCUCUGGAAGAAGGGGGCAUAGUGACCCUAACCACGGACCUGCUUACAACUAGUGACCUAAACAGUCCGGAUGAAAACCUGGUCUACACCAUUACCCGGGCCCCUGUGCGGGGUCACCUGGAGUACACAGAUAUGAUCGGGAUACCCAUAUCCUCUUUCACCCAGCUUCAGCUGGCAGGGAACAAAAUCUUCUAUAUUCACACUUCAGAUGAUGAGGUGAAGAUGGACAGUUUUGAGUUUGAGGUAACAGAUGGUUACAACCCUGUGUUUCGCACGUUCCGUAUUUCCAUUAAGGACGUGGACAACAAGAAGCCUGUCCUGACUGUGCACAGUCUCACAGUAGCUGAGGGGCAAAACAAGCUGAUUACGCCCUUCGAGCUGACAGUGGAGGACCGAGACACAGAUGACCGCUUACUCCAGUUCACCAUCACCCAGGUACCCGUCUACGGCCGGCUGCUCUUCAACAACUCCCGUACUGUCACCUCUUUCACCAAGCAUGACCUCAAUGAGAACAUGAUCAGCUACAAGCAUGAUGGAGCUGAGUCUGUCAAAGACAGCUUCUCCUUUACUGUUACUGAUGGAACCCACACCAACUUCUAUGUUUUCCCUGACACUGUAUUUGAUACACGUAAGCCACAGACAAUGGAGAUCUCUGUUAUUUCUGUGGACAACAGAAUCCCACAAGUCAUUGUCAACAAGGGCUGCCCAACCCUGAGGAUGUUGCCCUCUGGACACUUGGGGUUCAUGAUCACCAGUAAAGUGUUGAAGGCAGAAGACAGAGACAGUUCUCAGGUGUCUGUGACCUUCAAGGUUACUUUAGGCCCGGAACAUGGUUACCUUAUCAAUUUAGGCAAGGGCAAUGCUUCCAUCACCACCUUCACUCAAGCGGACAUAGAUGACAUGAAGAUUUGCUACGUCCUCAGACACGGAGACAGUGCUACCAGUGACAUCUUCUACUUCUCCAUUGAAGACAGUGGUGGAAAUGAACUGAAAGACCAGCUGUUCCGUCUCAACUGGGCCUGGAUCUCCCUCGAGAAACAGUACUACGUGGUGGAUGAGGAGGCCAAGUUCCUGGAGGUGGUGCUGAAACGCAGGGGCUUCCAGGGGGAGACCGCUUUCGUGAGUAUUGGCACCAGAGAUGGCACAGCCGAGAAGGACAAAGACUUCCAGGGGAAGUCACAGAAGCAGGUCCAAUUUAAUCCAGGCCAGAGCACCGCCACCUGGAGGGUCCGCAUCCUGCCCGACAACAUGUUUGAGCAGUCGGAGACCUUCCGCAUUGUUCUCUCUGAACCUGUCAUGGCAGUGUUGGAGUUCCCUGACGUAGCCACUGUGGAAAUCCUCGACCCAGCUGAUGAGUCCAUGGUGUUUAUCCCCUUAUCUGCCUACACCAUCGAGGAAAACAUCGGUGAGCUUCUGAUUCCUGUGCACAGAAGUGGAGACAUCAGCCAGGAACUCAUGGUCAUCUGCUACACUCAUCAAGGCUCUGCCAGAGGCACCGUCCCGACAUCGGUGCUCUCCUACUCGGACUAUAUUUCUCGGCCAGAGGAACACAUGAGCUUGCUUCGCUUUGAUACAGGCGAGGCACAGAAAGCCUGUCGUGUAGUUAUAAUUGAUGACUCACUCUACGAGGAGGAUGAGAGCUUCAAUGUCACACUCAGCAUGCCCAUAGGUGGCCGUCUUGGCCAGUACUUCACGGCAAAGGUCACUAUCUUGUCUGACUUCGAUGAUGUGCCUGUCUUCUAUUUUGAAGACACAGAGUACCAUGUUGACGAGAGUGAUGGUUUUGUAGAAGUCCGAGUGUGGAGGACUGGUACGGAUCUCUCCAGGAUGGCCACUGUCAUGGUUCGGUCCCGCAAGACCGAGCCAUUGUCUGCCGAAGCUGCUGUGGACUAUGUGGGAAUCAGCAAAAGCCUAGACUUUGCUCCUGGGGUUAAUAUGCAAACUUGCAGAGUUAUCAUCCUGGAUGACCUUGGCCAGCCUGCCCUAGAGGGGACGGAGAAAUUUGAGCUUGUCCUCCACAUGCCUAUGAAUGGUAUUCUGGGGCAGCCAGGAAAGGCAACCGUCUUCAUCAAUGACACAAUUUCAGACCUCCCUAAAGUCCAGUUCCGGGAAUCGGCCUACUCAGUGAAUGAGAACCAGGGACAAGUGUUGGCAUUGGUGUAUCGCAGCGGUGACCUCAACUACCGGUCCACAGUGCGGUGCUAUAGCCGCCAAGGAUCUGCCCAGGUCAUGAUGGACUUCCAUGAACGGCCCAACACAGAUGCAUCCAUCAUUACCUUCCUCCCUGGGGAAGUGGAGAAGCCAUGUGUUCUGACACUGGUCGAUGACGAGCUUCACGAGGAGGACGAGGAACUGCGCUUGGUCCUGGGGAGCCCCAAGAGUGAUUUACCCUUUGGAGCCUCUGUCGGGGCUCAGAGCGAGACACUCAUCACCAUAAAGGAUGAUGCAGAUAAGCCCUUCAUCAAGUUUGGGGAGACAAAGUUCAGUGUGAGAGAACCCAAGGAGAGCGAUCAGGUUUCGGUUGUGCUGAUUCCUGUGCUGCGCAUAGGUGAUGCCUCCAAGGUCUCGCUGGUCCGUGUCCACACCAAAGAUGGUUCCGCCACCUCUGGGGAGGACUACUACCCUGUGUCUAAGGACAUUGAGUUCAAGGAAGGUGAGACGCAGCACUUUGUGGAGGUGGAGAUUCUGUUCGACGAUGUGCGGGAGAUGCAAGAGGCCUUUACUGUUCAUCUGAAACCGGACGAGUACAUGGUCGCUGAGACUCAGGCAGCUAAAGCAAUUAUCUAUAUCGAGGAGGCCAACGGCAUGGCGGGCGUCACCUUCCCCUCCGCACCUCAGGUGGUGUCGCUGCUGCAGUAUGACAGCACAGACAGGACCAAGGACAGCCAUCACCCCGCUGCUGGAUAUCCGGUUGUUUGUGUCACGGCUUGUAACCCAAAGCACUCAGACCACGAGAAAACUGGGUCCAUCUGCUCAACUGAGGGCAUCAACGACACGCUGACCCAGUACCGCUGGCUGGUCAGCGCCCCCCCUGGUCUAGAUGGUGUGACCAGUCCCAUGCGCGAGAUGGCCUUUGACACCUUCUUCACCUCUUCCAAGAUGAUCACCCUGGACUCCAUCUACUUCCAGGCCGGUUCACGUAUCCAGUGUGCCGCUCGUGCCGUCAACUCCAACGGUGAUGAGGGCUUGGAGAUCAGUAGCGCCAUUGUGACCAUCAGUAUAGACGAAGGCAUGUGCCAGCCUCGCGAGGUGGGAACGGUGGGUGCAGAUCCCUUCUCGGCCAAACUGCGAUAUACAGGGACAGAAGACCCCAACCACCCCAAUCUCAUCAAGUUGACAAUUACCAUGGCCCACGUGGAUGGCAUGCUGCCCGUGGUGUCCACACGGCCGCUUUCCAACUUUGAACUGACGCUGAGCCCCGAUGGCACGCGAGUGGGCAACCACCGCUGCUCCAACCUGCUGGACCAGCACGAGGUGACAACCCGCCACGGAUUCCUGACGGAUGUUACCGCGAACGCAGAGGCUGUCGGAGAGACCGUGCCUUAUCAGUACAGUGCCGUCCUGAGGGGGAUGGCAGCGCUGCGCUUCUACAGGAACCUCAACUUGGAGGCCUGCCUAUGGGAAUUUGUCAGCUACUACAACGUGUCUGAGCUGCUGACCGACUGCGGGGGCAGUGUGAGCACUGACGGCCAGGUUUUGGACCUGGUCCAGUCGUACGUGACCCUGCGGGUUCCCCUCUACGUGUCCUACGUGUUCCACUCCCCCGUGGGCGCCGGUGGCUGGCAGCACUUCGACCUGCGCUCUGAGCUGCGGCUCACGUUUGUUUACGACACCGCCAUCUUGUGGACGGACGGCGUCGCCAGCCCACCCGAGGCCGAGCUGCAAGGUGCGCUGUACCCAACCAGCAUGCGCAUCAACGAACAGGGCCGCUUGGUGGUCAACUUCCGGACAGAGGCCCGUUUCAGGGGCGUCUUCGUGCUGUCGCACCACGCCUCCACCCUGUCCUCCAUGGUCAUGUGUGCAGACCACCUUGGCCUGACGUUCAGAUUGACCGUGGUGAGAAGUGAGCCCACCUACGACCAGCCGCUGCAGCACUGGACCUUCACCUCCGACUUUGCCGUGAGAGACUACUCUGGAACAUACACAGUGAAGAUGCUCCCUUGCACAGCUGCCUCCAACUCGGAGUACACAAUCCCCCCCGUGUGCAACCCCAGGGAACCUGUGACCUUCAACUUGGACAUUCGCUUCCAGCAGGUGAGUGAUCCUGUGGCCGCUGAGUUCAGCCUGAACACGCAGAUGUUCCUGCUGUCCAAAAAGGAACUUUGGCUAUCGAACGGGUCCAUGGGCUUUGGUCAGGAGAGCGACACAGCGUUUUCAGAAGGGGAUGUGAUCUACGGCCGAGUGAUGGUAGACCCCGUGCAGAACCUGGGUGACUCCUUUGUGUGUACUGUUGAGAAAGUCUUUCUGUGCACCGGGACUGACGGAUAUGUACCCAAGUUCAACCCCAGCAGCUCGGAGUUUGGCUGUCUUGCCGAUUCCCCGACCCUGCUGUACCGAUUCAAAAUAAUUGACAGAGCUCAGCCAGAGACUCAAGCCCGGAGUUUUGGGAGUGUGGGAUUCAAUGCACAGCUAGCUGUGGAUGACCCUGAAGCGAUGCCUCUGGUGGGGCAGGCAGGCUCAGAUGGAUUCCGGGUCGAUUCAGCAGCUCUCUUUCAGGUGUCCCGGGGCCGUGAGUGGUAUAUCCACACCAUCUACACAGUUCGCUCCAGGGAUGGCACCAGUCGAGUAAUUGGGAAACGGAGUUUGGAGUGCCACUCAAUGUCACCUGCCGACGAGCUUCGCCUUAGGAGAUCUGUGGCUGCAGUGCCUGCUGUUGCUAAUGGAAUUGGGCAGGAGAACGACAGGGGCACCAACAUUAUGCAUGUUAGGCUGCAGCGUGGCACCGAUCUUCCAAGGUCCGAUCUGGACACACCCGCCCUUAGCGCCGUCCCACAGGAGCGCCACGCUGAAGUUGGGGAUGCUGAUGGUGGGAUGGUGAUGCUCUCAGCGGUUGUGGCUGGACUGCUGCUCAUCGCCCUUACUGUUGCGGCCCUGAUCCUGGUAUGGAAGUCCAGGAAAAGUAACGUGAAGACAGAGCAUCCCAAAAGGAAUGAGAGUGCAGCACCCACAGUGACACAGGUUCACAGUGGCAGUGACAGCUCAGAGGUGUAACACACGUGUGUAGCAUUUUAAUUUCCCCUAAGUCAGUACACAGGGCUGUACAGUUAAGGGAGGCAAAUAAGCCAGUGA